UUGCUGAAUCCUCUUGGCUCUCUCCGUGUGUGCCCACACACAGAGCUCGCUGGCAGCCCGGGCGGCCGGCUGGCAGGGCGGGCGGACGGGCAGGGCAGCCCGUGCCAACACAGCUGCCUAUUGAGAGGCAGCGUUACGGACACAAUGUGAGCGACAGACUUGCUGUAUCAACAGCUCCCCCUUUUCUGCUGUUGUGGCCAGAAAUAAGCCAUAAAUACCCCCCCUCUUCGUCUCUGGCCUCUAAUGGCUCGACCCCUCCAAACACCGAGUGGCACAAAAGCAGAGGGACGCUACCACUUCCUUUCAGGCAUACCAAGUGGAGGAGCUGUGGAUCAGGAGGAUGUCGGAGCACCAGAGCGCCCCGGAGCAGCUUGCUGCUGGGAAGAGCCAGGGUGGAGCUGGAGCCGCGUAUAAGGUGGUGGUGUUUGAGUUUGAAAAUUUCCAGGGCUGUAAGGCGGAGUUUUCCUCAGAGUGCAAAGAUGUGACGGAGAAGGGACUGGAGAAGGUCGGCUCUUUGAUCGUGGACUCUGGGCCCUGGGUGGGGUAUGACCGACAUGGGUUCACAGGAGAGCAGUUUGUUCUGGAAAAAGGCGAGUAUCCACGCUGGGACACCUGGACCAACAGUCAGCGCAGCUUCUCCCUCCUGUCGCUAAGGCCGCUUAAAGUGGAUAGCGCUGAACACAAGCUCCACCUCUACGAAAGCCCUGGCUUCACCGGCAGGAAGAUGGAGAUUGUUGAUGAUGAUGUGCCCAGCUUGUGGGGCCACGGUUUUCAAGAUCGGGUAGCGAGUGUCAAGGCUCUCAAAGGAACGUGGGUGGGCUACAUGUACCCAGGCUACAGGGGCCGCCAAUACAUCUUCGAACGAGGAGACUUCAAGCACUGGAACAACUGGGAGGCCCCCUCUCCCCUGAUCCAAUCUGUCCGACGUGUGCGGGACAUGCAGUGGCACAAGAGAGGAUGUUUCAUCAUUCCUGACCCCGACCCCGCUCCCGCCCCUGCUCCCGGCCCAGACCCUGAUCCGGCUCCUGCUCCGUCUCCGGCUCCUCCUGCCCCUCCCGCGACAGCCGGGGCCAGCUGAGCGGGAUCCUCACCUGCCCUCUCAAACUCCAGCUCUGCCCCAACGUGCCGGCCCUCUGCCCUCACCUAACCAUGGCAAACUCUACUUGUACCCAGUCACGAGUGCCAUGUGUGUUUCAGUGGCAAAUAAAGGUUGUUUGACCUGAAAUCUGUUGGUGAUGUUAUAAUUGUGUUGCAAGUUGGACAUUUUCUUACCUAAGAUCUGCAAAAAAAAAAAGAAUCCAGAACAUAAAUGUAAAAUUGGCCUCUAUUUAAAAGUAAUUUAUACUGUAAAUUUUGAGAUUUUCUUUGUUUUUCCAUGAAAUAAACCACAGUUAUGUUUCAACUA